AUGGCUGGCACACGGAAUUAUGACUUCCUGAUCAAGUUGCUGUUGAUCGGGGAUUCCGGUGUGGGGAAGUCGUGCUGUCUAUUGCGCUUCAGCGAAGACUCGUUCACCCCCUCCUUCAUUACGACCAUUGGAAUCGACUUCAAGAUCCGUACGAUCGAGUUGGAUGGCAAGCGGGUGAAGCUGCAGAUUUGGGACACGGCGGGCCAGGAACGCUUCCGUACCAUUACGACCGCCUACUAUCGCGGUGCGAUGGGCAUUCUCCUGGUCUACGACGUGACUGAUGAACGCUCUUUCCAGAACAUCCGAACCUGGUUUUCAAACGUCGAGCAACACGCCAGCGAAGGAGUUCACAAGAUUCUGAUUGGAAACAAGUGUGACUGGGAGGAGAAGAGGGCCGUUUCAACCGAGCAGGGCCAGCAGUUAGCCGACGAACUUGGCAUUCCCUUCUUGGAGGUCUCCGCGAAGAAUAACAUCAACAUCGAGAAGGCGUUCUAUAGCCUUGCAUCGGAUAUUAAGAAGGGCAUGGAUACUUCGAAGACCGAACAUGGGGGUGCUUCAGGGGUCCCUAUAGAUCAGGGGUCGGGUUUGAACGGUAGCACGGGAGGGAAGUGUUGCUAG